UUACAUGUAGGUUGUGACAUUUAAAUAACGGCAUCCAACGCAACGGAAGGGGACCGAAAAGUUUGUUUUAUGCUCUCUCCCCUCACAUUCUAGACACAACAAAGGGAAGGGAAAGGGAAGGAAAGGGAAGGGUUUUUUGUGUCUGCGUCCUCUCAUUCCUCACCCCUUCUUUAUUUUUCCUCAAUCCAGUCUUUGGAGAUGGAAAGCAAGGUUGAAAAUCACAUGACAUCAGCUGCGGCCUUUGUUGAAGGAGGCAUUCAAGAAUCUUGUGAUGAUGCUUGCAGCAUAUGCCUUGAAGAGUUUUGCAAUAGUGACCCUUCAACUGUAACUAUUUGCCGGCAUGAGUUUCACCUACAAUGUGUUCUUGAAUGGUGUCAAAGAAGCUCUCAAUGUCCUAUGUGUUGGCGACCUAUUAGCUUGAAGGAUCCUACCAGUCAAGAAUUGUUUGAGGCGGUAGAGCAAGAGAGGAAGUGGAGGGUCGCUCCAUCAAGAAAUGCUGCUAUUUUUCAUCACAAUGCUCUUGGAGAUUUUGGAUUGCAACAACUACGCAUGGCUAUCAACGAUGAUGAUUUUGAAGAGCGAAUACUUCAACAUUUAGCUGCUGCAGCAUCAAUGAGAAGAGCACACCCCAUUGGUCGAAGGGAAAGGCAGCGAAUUCAACCCUUUGCUCAUGAUCCAAGUGAAAUUCCAAUGGACAAUCCAUCUAUUCCAGUAACAUCUAAUGGAGAUGAACCAUUGCAACAAACACCACGACUUCAAACUGAAAGUUCUUCAACUUCUGAGUCUACAAUUACAGAAACAAAUGAUCAAGAAAUUUACUCAAAUGAUAGACGCAAUGUAGCCAAUUCUUCACCAAAAGACCAAGAUAGAGCAGGAUCAUCAGAAUUCCACUCAUUUACUGAUACUUUGCGGUCCAGACUUAAUUCCGUGUCAAUGAGAUAUAAAGAGUCAAUUUCAAAGGGUGCAAGGGGUUGGAAAGAGAUGUUGUUCUCUCGAAGUUCUUCCAUGUCAGAACUUGGUUCAGAUUCGAGAAAAGAUGUGAAUCCUGAAAUUGCUAGUGUAUCUCGAUUGAUGGAAUACGUUGAAGCUAGGGAAAAUAAUAGAGUUGUCGAUACUUCUUUGUCCAAUCAUUUGGAGGAUGGUUCCAUGGCAGAGGCAAGCAACCAUAACCGAAGCUAGUGGAGAAGACUCCGUGUGACAACAAUACUUCAACUGCUUGUUCUGCUAGCUCACUUACAAAUUAAGCUUUUUUCUUCUUCUUUUGUUUCUGUUAUCGCAUAUUUCUUGAGGAUCUCAUAUUUGAAGGUGACCUUUGAUCUUUGUAUGAUCCUUCAAACAAAAAAUAUAUGGAUCUUGCCUUCCAGUUUAGUGAUUUGGUUAUACAUAUCCACCUUAUGCAUAUAUGUUCUAA